AUGACGUUUAUGAGAUCAAUGUUGUGUGCCUCUUCAUUAUUAAAGACAGUAUCUGUCCAAAAAAGAACAUUAGCUACAACUAUAGAAGCAGCCCCAAAAGUCAUCCCUACUACUGUUCAAGCUUUUCUUCGUGAUUUUAAAACCAAUGAACCCACAUCACUCAUUGAGCUCGAUAAUUCAGUAUUUGGACAACCCAUUCGACGAGAUAUCCUCCAUAGAGUCGUUGUUUGGCAAAGAGAUGGUAUGAGACAAGGCACACAUUCAACUAAGACACGAAGCGAAGUACGAGGUACGUCCAAGAAAUUGGCUCCUCAAAAAGGCCGUGGUAAGGCUCGUAUAGGUGAUGGCAAGGCACCCCAUAUUCGAGGUGGUGGUAUCGCCUUUGGACCUAAGCCCCGUGAUCACAGCACAAAUUUACCUCGUAAAGUGCAGGAAUUAGGUUUGCGAGUAGCACUGAGUGCUAAAUACGUGCAAGACCAAUUGGUGGUUGUUGAAUCAUUUAGUAAUGUCUUCAAAAGCGAAAAACCUAAAACAUGCGAAUUGGAUAGGAUAUUAAAAACGACUUAUAAUGAUACACGCAAGUUGUUAAUUGUCUUGAAUUCAUGUAAUCCAAUGAUCGAAUUGGCAGCUCGAAACUUGUCUAAUUGUGAAGUGAUUCAUGUAGAGGAAACAAAUGUCUUGGAUUUAUUGGCUUUUGAUAAAUUAAUUAUCGAAAAGAGUGCUGUCCAAACAUUAGAGGAAGCUCUUAAAGUAGAAUUAUAA